UGUUAAAAUCUCAUGGGCAGGGUGGCAGACUCAAUCACAAACUCAAGUUGCAGAGCUCUCUGUUUUAAUUUACUUUUAUUCUGAUUUUCACUUUUGAAUCGACUCAAUGGCCACCGGAGAGUUGAAGAGGAUCAUCAUCGAUACAGACCCUGGUAUUGAUGAUGCCAUGGCUAUAUUUUUGGCGCUGCAAUCGCCGGAAGUGGAUGUGAUUGGGAUAACGACAAUAUAUGGUAACGUUUAUACGACACUGGCCACAAGGAAUACUUUACAUCUGUUGGAGUUCGCUGGGAGGACUGAUAUUCCAGUGGCAGAGGGGUCUCAUGUAACAAUCACUAAAGGUACAAAGCUUCGCAUUGCUGAUUUUGUCCAUGGCACGGAUGGACUAGGAAACCAGAACUUUCCUCCUCCUAAUGGAAAGCCUAUUGAACAGUCAGCUGCUGCAUUCCUUGUUGAGAAAGCAACUCUAUACCCUGGAAAUGUCACUGUGGUUGCUCUUGGCCCGCUUACAAAUAUUGCCCUGGCUAUUGAAUUAGAUCCUGGAUUUUCAGAAAAGAUUGGGCAGAUUGUCAUUCUUGGUGGUGCAUUCUCAGUAAAUGGGAAUGUUAAUCCUGCAGCUGAGGCCAAUAUUUUUGGCGAUCCAGAAGCUGCUGAUAUUGUUUUCACAAGUGGUGCAGAUGUUUUGGCUCUGGGAAUAAAUGUAACCCAUCAAGUUGUUUUGACAGAUGCUGAUCGAGACAAACUUGCAGAGUCCAAGGGGAAAUUUGCACAGUAUUUGUGCAAGAUCCUAGAUGUAUACUUCUCAUACCAUCGUGAUGCAUAUGAUAUAAAAGGUGUCUACCUUCAUGAUCCAACUACUGUUCUUGCAGCUGUCAACCCUUCAUUGUUCACAUUUGCAGAAGGUGUUGUUAGAGUCCAAACAAACGGCAUCACGAGGGGCAUCACAAUCUUUUAUAACAAAAAGAAGAGGUUUGGUGAAGACACUGAAUGGUCCAAUAAACCUACUGUGAAAAUUGCUGUCACCGUUGAUGCUCCUGCUGUCGUUGAACUGUUAAUGGAAAGGCUUAUAAAUUCGUAGCAACGGGGACUAGAGUUGACUUAUCUUCAGAUUAUUGAACAAAAUUUGUUUUCGGAAGUCGAUUGACGAUCAGAUAGCCCCCUCGCCUUUUUCCGUCCCACUAUUUUCUCAUGCUUUGUUUCUCUAAUAUUCAUAUAAAAGGACUCCAUGCCUAUUAAAUGCCACCAGGGAAGGAGAAAACCUCAUAUUUUUAUUCACUUAUAAUGCAUGGGCUGUUUCUACUUCUGUGCAAAAUACAGGUAAGACACUUAAUUUCAUAAACAAUACAAGUAUACUCAUUAUGCAUCUUAACUUCAAAAAAUUGAACGCAACUACUAGAGGUAGGGGAUGGAAAUUGAAGUGUUACAGAACAGUUCAGACAACUGGUAAUGGUUGUAGGCUCUUGUUUGAGAAUGAUGACAUUUAAUAUUGAGCUAUUUGACUUC